UUUCAGUCUAAAAAGAAACACUCAUAUAUGUGUACACUUUACACUUCACACUUAAUACACAAAUAUAUAUUUCCCCUUUUGACCCUCUUGGAAUAGCAAAGAUGCCCGAGGAGAAGAUGGUCGCUGCUGGGUCGUACAGGCUGAGGAAGCAGUUCCGGAACGAGACCUACAGACGAAAGGAAAAGGAUAUGCCCUGGACAAAAAAAAUACUCGAUCUGGACCAGAAGAAGCUAUUUGGGAGGACGGCCUGGGCCUGGUUCCGGAUAAUCGGAUUCUACAUGGUCCUCUAUCUUUUGAUCACGAUAAUCGUAAUCUUCUGGUACACGCUCUUCAAGCUGGUGGUCCUUGAGAAGGAUAGGCCGCAUUGGCUGAAGGAUGCUCCGGGCCUGUCGGUGUUUCCCACAAACGAGUCCACUGUUAGCUACUAUAAGAACCUGAUGUCUGAGAUUGUUCCCCUGGUUGACAAGAUCGAUGAUGUGCUCUACAGGCUUAAGGACAACGCUAUGGAGUAUUUCAGUUAUUGCAACGACGACGAGGCGUGGGGCUUUUCUGUGGGCAGGCCCUGUUUUUUUAUUAAACUGAACUAUGUUUACGGUUUUACGGCCCAUACGUACGACAGCGUCAGCGAUCUGCCCAACAAUGCUCCGGCGGAGCUGGAGGAGCACGUCCAAAAAUUUGCUGGAACCAACAGGAUCUGGCUCACGUGCAAAGUAACCGAGGGACCCUCUCCGAAAAUUGAGUACAUCCCGGGGCCGUACUACACCAUUUCCCAUACAAUGACCGGCACGCAGCGAGUAGUUGCAGUCCAGCUGAAUGAUUUGGUACCGAAUUCCGAAGUUUUCAUUACCUGCACGGCUUGGGCUAGAAACCUUCCCAUUGACCUCCAGUACAAUGGCAAGGGUCACGUCAAGUUCUCGAUUAAUAUGCGUGUGGGCACUAAACAGGCACCGGAACCUUUGAAUCAAAGCCCCAUGACUCAUUCGAAAGAAAAAAUGGACACUUCGGCACCGGAGCCCCACAAUCUAAACGCCGCUCUUCUGGAUAUGCCUCCAGAGGUAGAACCACCGGCAGAAUCGGUUAAUGUCGGUCGCGAACCCCUCAUGGAGCCACCGGAGACUGGCCCUGGUCCGGAUCUUCUGGAUAUGCCCUCUCCACCAGAGCUGGAACCACCGGAAGAAGGGGUUGAUGGAAGCCGUGUCUCCCCCAUGAAGCCACCGGAGAGUGGUCCUGAUUACGGCCCACCGACGGAACCUCCUAGUUGAUCACCACCUGACAACAAAUUGUGAUUGCUCUUUGGUCAAGUCAAAAUACCCACUGACCAGGUAAAAUUCCGGUGAUGAGCUGCAGAAUCUUGUUUCGCGGAAUUUUGCCUUGUCAUAAGGUUUUUUACUUGAAAUCCGUAAUUUUGCACCUCUGUACAUUAUAGAAACUUAAUAACCGUCUACCACUUUGUCUACAGUGGAGUUUUUAUUUAUAAAUAAAUUAAACGUAAAUUUUG